AUGAAACAUCACAAUAAUUUUACAUUGUUGAAUGGAUAUAAUGGCACAGAUGAUGGUACAUAUGUUGUAGGAUGGGGAAGAUUAUUUAAAAACAAUAAUGUAAAUCAUUUAGAUGCCACAAGUAGAAACGAAAGUAGUAGUAGUUUACAUUCUUCACUAUCAUCAAAUUCGCUUUUAAAUAGUAGCAUUGGUAGUGGUAUUAGUAGUCAUCACGAUGAAGAAGAACAAGGUGAUGGCACUUUAGGACCUGAUACAAUAUAUCAAUUCAUUGGUAAAAAUCCUCAACAAUUAUCAAGUGGUCAUAAUCAUCAACUUUUAAUUACUAGUGGAGGAGAUAUAUAUAGUUGGGGAUCAAAUAGUAAAGGUCAAUUGGGUCAUGGAGAUAUUUCACAUAAUCAUCAAAUUGAGCCAAUCCGUAAAUUCUCAUUAUUAAAAGCAUUGUAUGGCAUUGUUCCAAUACAAGUAGCAGCUGGUAAUGAGUUUUCAAUGGUUUUAACAAGCGAAGGAACAGUGUAUAGUUUUGGUGUAUCAAACGAGGGUCAACUUGGUAAUUUAUAUGACUCUUAUAAUACAUCGUCUACUGUCAUUAAUAAUAAUAAUAAUAAUCUCAACAACUGUAAUAAUAUAUCAACAAACAAAGAUUUGGAUCCAACAAACAACAAUAAUAAUAAUACAUCAGUAAAUGUUUUAUUAUUUAAUUCUCCAUUUGGGAAUUUACUAAAUAAUCCAUCUGAUACUAGUAAUAAUAGUAAUGAAUCAUCGCCAUCUUCAUCUUCUCCAUCCCUAACAUCUAGUAAUGCUCAAGCACCAAGAAACAAUCCAACCAUAACACAAACAUUGAUUGGGUCAACAUCAGUGACUGACAAUUUAUGGAAUCAUACACAACCUAUUCCACGUCGGAUAGGAACAUUGGACGGUGUACAAAUUACAAUGGUUGCUUGCGGAUCAAAACACACAUUGUCAUUGACUUGUGAUGGUGCAGUAUACGCAUGGGGAUCAAACAGAAAUGGUCAAUGUGGUUUACCACUUGAUUACCCAAUACUUCAUCAACCAACUAGAGUAAAAAUUGAAUAUAACCAAACAAAUAAUAAUAGUAAUAAUAAUACAAGUACAUUUGUAAUUAUUGGUAGUAUAUCAUGUGGAUAUUCACAUUCAGUUGCAGUACAGGCACACUCAUCUCAACUAUAUUCAUGGGGAAAAGGUUCAGACGGACAAUUGGGACUUGGAUCAAGAUCUGACCAUUCAUCUCCAACAGCUAUUCCAUUGUUUACCAGUGAUCCUAUCGUCCGAAUUUGUUGCGGACACUACCACACUGUUGCUCUUACCUCUCAAUCAAAACUUUAUUCUUGGGGUAUGGGUUUUGCACUAGGACAUGGCCAAGCCAAGGACAAACUGGUCCCAACCUUGAUAGAAGCCUUUUCUCCAUGCACAAAGGUCGUCAAUAUUGCAUGUGGGUUCUCCCAUACUGCCGUGCUCACGGAAAAGGGAAAAUGUUUAACCUUUGGACAUGGUGACCAUGGCCAGCUUGGAUACUUUAACAAAAAGAAUGAAAGCACAUCUUCUUUGGUCCCCAUCACUCCAAACGGCAUAGAUCAACUACAAAUAUCAAGUAUAUCAUGUGGUUGGUUUAACACCUUUUUAAUAGUCAAAGAUUUGAAUAUAAAUAAUAUUCAACAAUCUUUUUCAUCCUCCUCCUCCUCCUCCUCCAACCACAAUCAACCGCCACAAUCUGCUGAAAUAUUACAAUCAAGAGUUAAAAGAGCUAGUAUACCAAAUGUUACAACUUCACCAUUGGAUCUUACAGAAUCAAUGCUACAAUUGGAAAGGUUAUUGAUCGAGUUUGAUGUUCAACAAUCUUUAGAAAUGAUUAGCUCUUUUGAUUUUGUUGAAGAAAAACUAUUGGAUCAAGUCCAAGACCAAAACAUAUCACAAAACAAUCCUGGAUUACCGACAGAUAAUUCGCUGGCAUUGUCAUCUCUUGCAAGAUUAAAUAUGAUACUGCAACCAAAAACAAAACCAAAAGAAAAAAAAAAAAACUCCAAUUCAUUUUAUAAUUUAAUUUCAAGUAUAUUAUUUAGAUCAAAUAAUAACAAUAAUAAUUAUAUCAAACCUUCAUUGGCAUUUGAUCAAGAGGAUUUAUCAAGAAUUUGGACAGAUCGAUUUAUCCCAAAAUGGGACAAGCGCAUAAAGAACAAAGAUGAAUGGUCGUUUAUGUGGAGAAAGGGUGGCAUCCCCCCAUCUAUCAGGUCAACCGUAUGGAAGUUGGCAGCAGGCAACAAAUUAAACAUCUCUGAAGAAAUGUAUCAAUUCUAUAUUGAUAUUGUUGAAAAAUUCUUAAAAAAGAGAAACCCUGCUCGAUACAACAGAGGAUACCAACCACCACAAAAACAACAACAACAACAACCAUCACAACAAGCAACCCAUUCUCAACAAUAUAAUUAUAUUGAUAGUGAUGAUGAUGAAAAUGAUGAUCACUAUCAUAGGCGUGACAGUCAUGGAAGGCAUGUCGAUAAUAUAAUUGAUGGUGAUGGAAAUGAAAUCCAAUACGAUGAGACAGACAUGCUUUUAGAGCAAACCUAUCUCAUGCUCGAAUUGGAUCUACCUCGUUCAUUUCCUCAUCUUUUUCUAUUUCAUCGAACAGCACCUUACCACGAUGAACUAAUGAAAGUCUUGUUGGUAUGGUCACUCUAUCGUCCAGAGAUCGGAUACGUUCAAGGAAUGUCCUAUCUCUGCGGUCUCUUGUUGCUCCACAUGAACAAUGGUUUAGAGUGUUUUAUAGUGUUUUCCAAUAUGCUAAACAGCCACUAUUUCAAGAGUCUCUACAAUUUUGAUAUCCAACAGAUGGUUAGACAUAUCAAAAUUUACGAUGUUCUCUUUCAAAAGAAUCUUCCCGAUCUCUACCGUUGCUUUAAACAAGUCGGUCUAGUAUCGGAGCACUACCUAUUGGAAUGGCUCAUGACUCUCUUUACCAAACAAAUGUCUCUUCCCAUUGUCACUCGUAUAUGGGAUGGCUUCUUGCUUGAAGGUGAGGGCUAUAUAUACGCAGCUGCUUUGGGUGCUCUAAAACUCCUCCAAAAACUACUCCUCCAAUCCCCAACCUUUGACGAAUGUAUUUUAACUCUACGAAGUGCUCCCCAAGACUUUAAAGAAGAAUCUUUAUUUAUUUCAAUUGAUACAAUUCAUAUUCCAAAGUUUUGUAAAAAUUUAAUCGAUUCUUUAAAUAAAACUUAA